UUCUGGAGGGGAAAGCGCGAGGUUUCCGGGAAAGCAGCACCGCCCCUCGGCCCCCGGUGGCCGGCCGGUAUAUAAGGACCCGCGCGGUCGUCGGCGCCACAGUCCGCCCGCCACACGCCUCCGCGCGUCUGUGCCACCUCAUCCGCCCUACCUCCGCCCGUGAUGGCUCCCGGCGCCGCCCAUCCCGCGUUGCUUGCGCUCCUGGCCCUGCUCGGGGCUCUGCUCCCAGGGCCAGGAGGUGCUGAAACAUCAGUGCAGCCCCCAAAAGCCAUCAUACCCCAAGGAGGUUCUGUGAGAGUGACCUGCAGCGCUUCCUGUGACCACCCGAGCAUUUUGGGCUUAGAGACCGAGCUAACUAAGAAGGAAGUGGACCAUGGGGAAAACUGGAAGACUUUUGAACUGACCAAUGUGCUGAGUGACAGCACUCCAAAAUGCUUCUCAACCUGUUCCGAAAAUCAGUCGUCAACUUCAGUGAGCAUCAUUGUAUACCGGUUCCCGGAACACGUGAAGCUGGCCCCCCUGCCCACCUGGCAGCCCGUGGACGAGCAUUUCAUUCUGACCUGCCAGGUGUCUGGCGGGGCACCGCGGGCCCACCUCAGUGUGAUGCUGCUCCGCGGGGAGGAGGUGCUGGAGCGGCAGCCAGUGGCAAAGGGGGAGUCCACCGAGGUCAUGUUCACGGUGCUGGCGAAGAGAGAAGACCACGGUGUCAAUUUCUCUUGCCGCACGGAGCUGGACCUGCGAUCCGAAGGACUGGGACUAUUCCAGAACAGCUCGGCCCCCAGGAAGCUCCAAACCUUUGUCCUGCCAAUGACCGGCCUGCACCUUGAUACCCUCCGGAUUGUGGAAGUGGGCACACAGUGGCUCGUGAGCUGCACUCUGGAUGGGCUGUUCCCAGCCUCAGAGGCUGAGGUCCACAUGGCACUGGGGGACCAGAACUUGGAACCCAAAAUCGUAAACCAUGGUGACUCCCUCUUGGCCACAGCCUGGGUCAAGAGCAACGAGGAGGAGGGCACCCAGCAUCUGGUAUGUCAGGUGACGCUGGGAGACCAGACGCGGAGUAGACUGGAGAAUGUGACCAUCUACAGCUUCCCAGCUCCCUACCUGACCCUGAGCAGGCCCCAGGUCCCAGAAUGGACAACAGUGACUGUGGAGUGCAAGGCCCACGCAGGAGCCAUGGUGACGCUGGAGGAUGCCCCAGCCAGGCUUGGUGCCCCGAGGGCCCAACUCCAGCUGAACGCCAGUGCCGAGGACAAUGGGCGCAGCUUCUCCUGUUCUGCUGCCCUAGAGGUGGCUGGGCAGUGGCUAUACAAGAACCGGACCCUGAAGCUCAGUGUCCUGUAUGGCCCCCGACUAGACGAGAGAGAUUGCCCGGGAAACUGGACAUGGCAGGAAGGGUCCCAGCAGACCCUGAGGUGCCAGGCCCGGGGGAACCCACUCCCCAAGCUGAAAUGUAGCCGGAAAGGGGACGGGGCUUUGCUGCCCAUUGGGGACCUGAGACCUGUCAAGCGGGAGGUUGCAGGCACCUACCUGUGUCAGGCCAACAGCUCUCGCGGUGUCACCAAGCGGGAAGUGGUCGUGAACGUGAUCUACCACCAGAAUAUCCCAGCCAUCAUCGUUCCAGUGGUAGCUGUUAUCACCUUGGGUGCUGUAGGUGCUGCUGCUUACAUCUAUUACCGUAAGCAGAAGAAGCAGAUAUACGAGCUGCAGAAGGCCCAGAAGGGCUGGGAAAAAUCUGGCAAGAAACUGAACACACCAGCCACGCCGCCCUGAGGCUGCCCCAGGACAGGACCUCCUCAGCCCCCGACACCUGACAAGCGAGGCUGCAUCAAACAAUGGUGGACACAUGCUAUUCAGCUACAGCCACCUUCCCAGGAUGCCAGAGGACAGGCUCGAGGCCUCAGUCAGGAUACAGACAGCAUCCGGGUUCAUGGCACCUGUGAACUUACAACCCCCAGGCCUCACACCUGACCUGUAGCCAUGGGACUGAGCCAAGAGGAAGGGGCAAGACUCAGGGCAUGACUGUGAGAGAUGUUGAAGUCUGACCUGGCUGGAGGGGGUAUGAUGUAGAGCUGUACCUUCAACAUGGGGAUAUCCAACUGGGAAACGUUGAAACUCACCCCAUUCUGCAUGUGCUGAGGCCCUACAAUCCUAAGAGGGAAGUGGCCCUGCACAGACACAUGCAGCGUUGAAACACAAAUCCCCUCACUUCCUCUGACAAAUGUCUGCUCGGGUACUGCUAUCUGUCCACUGACUGUCCCCAGCCCUUGAUGAUGACAUAUUUAUUCAUUUGUUGUCUACCCGCUAUUUACUGAGUACCUUUUAUGUGGUCUAGAAUGGUAAGCAAGAAUGUAGGUUUCUGCCCUCAGGGAGCUCUCAGUCUAACCUCAUUCAGGAUUGCGAGGCACAGUUGUGCUGGCUGUGCACUGCACAUGAGUACCUGGCAAAAUGAUUAAAUGGGGCUAGGCUUUCCCAUUCCAUUGGCCAAGCUCCUUCCUCCCAGAACUAGUGGUGACAUGGUUUAGCUGGUGUCAUGCCCAGGGAUGACCCACUGAGCCCUGAUGCCUCAGCACUGGUACUGACCUCUGCUAGCCACUUCUCCACCCAUAACUAUCUCUGCUCAUGCUCACAGUGACACUUGAUGGCAUGCCUAAACAUGGGUGCUCACUCCUUAAUAGCCAAACCAUGGAGUCCCAUGAAACUAUGCCCAACCCCUGCGUGCCCCUGCCUUGUCCUACCUGUUUCCAUCUCAGUGGGACCAUGCAAGAGCAGAACACUGCAGCUCCAAGCUCCUUCAGCAAUAAGGGUCCAGCAGGCAGUGGGGAGGGGAGGCCUGGGAGAAACUGCUCCCUGCUGCAGAAGCCACUCCCUUGUGCUAGUAAAGCUUCUUCAUCCUCCCAGCAUUGUAAGAGUUGAGAGGGGAGGUGUCAUGUCCAGCUGGAGCCCUUUCUAGCCGCCCCACCACAACCCGGUCCUCCCACUUCCUGCCCCAAGAAAAAGCUGGUUCAAGGCCUAACCCUCAGGCUCUAAUCCAAACUGGAGGGCCUUCUGAGAAGCUAGUGAAAAUUAAAGAUCUCUCUCCAGAAAAACA